GAGGCUGAGGAGAACCAGAGAGACUGCGAGGGUGUGAGAGAGAGGAUUUAUCUGAUCUGGAGGAUGUCUUAUUACGAACACAUUAUAUUUGAGGAUGAGUUCCUCAAUGACAACACGACCGAGUUUGGCUCCGGAGACAUCGGCGCUGAUUUUGAGACGCCAUGCAACCGCGAGGGAAACCAGGACCUGCAGAGGAUUUUGCUUCCCACUUUGUACGGUGUGAUCUUCGCGCUGGGGCUUGUGGGCAACGGGCUGGUGGUGGUGGUGAUGGGGUGCCAGAGAAAGUCGCGCACCAUGACUGACCGCUACCGGCUGCACCUGUCCGUGGCCGACCUGCUGUUCGUGCUGUCGCUGCCGUUCUGGGCGGUGGACGCGGCGAGCGGCUGGCGCUUCGGUGGCUUCAUGUGCGUGCUUGUGCACAUGGUGUACACGGUGAACCUGUACGGCAGCGUGCUCCUGCUCGCCUUCAUCAGCCUGGACCGCUACCUGGCCGUGGUGCGCGCCACGAGCAGCCAGGCCACGCGUCGUCUGCUGUCCGAGCGCGUGGUGUACGUGGGUGCGUGGCUCCCCGCGGCGCUCCUCACGGCGCCCGACUUGGCCUUCGCGCGCGCCGAGGACGUCGGCGGCGCGGACGAGACGCGCGUCGUCUGCCAGCGAAUCUACCCGGUGGACACGGCGCUCGCAUGGAUGGCGGCGUUCCGCGCGCAGCACGUGCUGGUCGGCUUCGUCCUGCCCGGCCUCGUGAUCCUGGUGUGCUACUGCGUCAUCAUCGUCACGCUAUCGCGCGGCUCCAAAGGGGCGCAGAAAAGGCGCGCGCUGCGCACCACCGUGGCUCUCGUGGCGUGCUUCUUCGCGUGCUGGCUGCCUUACUGCGCGGGCAUCAUCGUGGACACGCUCCUGCAGCUCGGCGUCAUUGCGCACAGCUGCGCGCUCGAGAGCGGCCUCGAGACGUGGAUUUUCGUCACCGAGGCGCUCGCGUACUUCCACUGCUGCCUCAACCCGAUCCUUUACGCCUUCCUCGGGGUCAAGUUUAAGAAGUCGGCGCGGCGCGCGCUCACUUCCGGACGCGGAUCCAGUCUGGGAUCCAGUCUCAAGAGCCUCUCCAAGAGGAAAACAGGCAUGUCCUCGGUGUCCACAGAGUCCGAGUCAUCGAGCUUUCACUCCAGUUAACGCUCAAAAAACAGCACGUGAACUUCUCUUAGCAAUGAAAAAAAUGAAAUGAUGUAAAUAUCCACGUGGACUGAAGUGACUGAAUGGACAGGCUGAGCCUGUGCUUUAAAUGAUUUUUAGCACAUUUUUUGUGUCACAUUGCGUUAAAUGUCUUCUUUUUUUUGUUAUGAUGGACUGCGCGAUAUCACGAGAUAGCAAAAAGCUUCAAAUUAUCAUCCAUCACUCCAUCCAUCCAUAUAUCUCUUCCCUUAGCUUUCUAACACAUCUGCAAUUCCUGUCAACCUUUUCAUUUAAGAUCAUUUGUACUUUUCCAGAUGGAUACUGAGUGGUCAGAAUGCUGUUUUCAUGCAUUUACCACAUUGCUGUGUCAUAUUGUGUUAAGCUUGUGUUAGGUGUGUGUUAUAAUGAACUGCCUUAGCAUAGAAAUAUCAUCCGUCCAUCUUUCUAUCAGACCCAUCAGUUUUACAAACAGCUUUUCAUGUUCUUUUAUUUGUAUUGUCCUGAUUUGAGGUUAUAUGAGUGUCUGCUUUAAACACACUGGUUGUGUUAAAAAAAGGUUUGUUUGUCAGGUCAGGAAGCACAGAUGUGUUAACAAAAUAACACCAUGUGCAGAUUUUCUGACAUCUGUUUUAACAGCACAGCAGAUGGAAAUACCAGAAACAGACCUGUAUUGUUAUUGCUCUAAGUCUUUUUUAUUGCGUUUUUAAUUCUGCACUUAUGUAUCAUGGCUCUUAUUUAUUGUGUUUGUAAGAAAUCAGUAAAAACCCCUCAGGGGUUGAUGAGUGAGUGAGUGUUGCUGUUUUUCAUAUGAGCUGCUGCUGUGUAUAGCUGUGUUUUUGAGUCCUUUUAAUAAAAAACAAAUUUUGGUUUUUAAA